AUGGGCUUUAUGAACAAUUUUGCAAGUUGGAUAGCCGAUUCGGCUAUACUGUUCGCCCAGGUUGUAUUGUUUCCAUGGCAGAAGUUUGUUUGGGAGCCGUUUGUCUACACGUUUCGGAUUGUGGAGUAUACGGCUGGAUCCGUCUUACUACCAGUCAAAUUAAUACUAGGAGUGAAGCAAAUCGAUGUGCCUAAAACAGGCGAGUUUGUAGUGGUGAUGGUUCAGUACGUGAUUGUGAGUGGGAUCGUGGGGACGGUGGUGGGUGUGGUGUUAAGCAAGUAUUUGAUAAUAUUAAAGCAACUACGGAUAGGUGAACCAGACCUUCGUAAACAACGAGAAUCGACACAUUUAACCCCUAGUUCAGAGGAUAAACUUUCGCAGAAAGAGAGUAUUAAACCAGAAGCACCCGAAUUGAACACCAAUGAAUGGUCUCGUUCAGAAGAGAGUAAUUUUGAUACCCUUUUCGAGCGGUACUUGAACGAAACCAAGCUCACCAGCGUGGGUGGUAAUGUUGGGGAGCAUAAGAGUGAAGGUGGUCUGGGAACAAAACCAAAACAGGAGUAG